AUGGCUUUCCUAUUUCAACUCCGCAUCUUCGGGAACUACAUCCUCCCAACAGUUUACAUGAAUGUACCCACGACACCGAUUGUUCUACCACAAUUCACCAUAACACCUGUUCAGCUACUUCCACUGUAUCGGCCUGUCUUUUCUCCACCCAUCAGGAUCAAGGUCAUCUACCACCGUGCAGGAACUGUUCUGGCCUCGAACGAUGCCUGCUACAACCAUCCUCCAGCUCGAGCAACAGUGCUAGGAAACUUAACCUGGUGGUCUGAACAGCAUGGAUUAGGAAAUGCUUACACCCGGCGUUGCACACUCUAUCUCACCAGAAGCUACCGCUCAAUUCUCACUAUCAACCCAAUAGAUGGACCUGUUUCACCGUCAGAUCUUGUGAAGAAGGUGUCAUUUGGCGAUAUGACAACCCCAGAGUUCCAUACGUUGAUGGUGGACACAGUAGCAAAUAACUACGGAGCCUUUAUCUUGGUCGAUCAUGGUUAUGUGCCUAUUAAGAUUAUGGCCCAACAAACCGAUAACGAUCAGAGUACUCCCCCGAGCGGAAACUCAAAUGACACCGCUGACAGCAACCAGAAUAACUCGACUGACAAUACUCCGCCUGCUCCUCCUGUCGCUCGUCAGCCUUCACCAUCAUCAACCUCUUUAACGGAUGUCAUCAACACCGAUGCGCCUGAACCUUCGAACACAGGAGAUAAUACCGCCGUGCCUGAGUCAGCUAAACCAGAAACCGAUACUACCCCUGCGGCAACUGAUCCUGAGCCAGCACCUAAAAUGCCUAAAGUUGCAAGCGUGGAGCCUGAUGACACGGAGGAAUAA